AUGUCCUCAAAACUUAUGAACAAGGCUGUUAAGCUCCUGAAGGCUGGCGGAAUUCCCGUAUACGAGCGUGGCGAAGAAGAGUAUGAGCGUUCUGUCGCGACCCCGAAUCUCCUAUUCCGCUUCUCGAGACCGGAAUGCGUGAUACAACCGGAGACAUUUCUACAAGUCCAGAAUAUAAUCAAACAAGCAAGGUCGUAUAAACUCGAAAUCACCAUCAAAGGUGGGGGGCAUUCUUACGCGGGGCACUCCACAGCCUUCAGGGGUAUCUCACUUGAUCUGAGAAAGUUGAACACAGUCAAGCUUGAUAUAAAAUCAAGAGUUGUCAAUGUAGACGCUGGAUGCCAGUGGGGUCACGUUUACAAGACGUUGGUUAACGAACAACACGAUGGAUAUAUCGUUAACGGCGGAAGAUGUCCCUUUGUGGGGGUUAGCGGCUUUAUACUUGGGGGAGGUCUAGGUCCAUUCACGAGAAGUAUUGGAAUGGGAAGCGAUACCUUGAAAGAAGCUACCCUGGUCACAGCAGAUGGCAACUUGGUCACUGUUAAGGAUAGCGACGACCCAAAGUCGAAUAAGGGCAGACUCUUCUGGGCCCUGCGUGGUGCAGGCGGUGGUAACUUUGGUGUCAUGGUGAAUAUGAAACUAAAGGUUCACAAGUUACGCGGUAAGGAUGGUAUUGUGGUAGCGGGGAGAUAUCAGUGGUUCCCCAACUCAGGGAUGACAGAUGACUUCAUGGCUACGAUGAACAAUUUCUAUACAACUGAAUGGCCUAAACUGAUGACCAUCGAUAGCACUUGGAUAUGCGACCUCCGAAGGCCCUUAGGCGACGGAGUAAGAUUCUUGAUUUAUUAUGACGGGAGUAAACCCGAUUUUGAUAAAAUCAUUGACGACCACAUUCAAAACUCAGACCUUUCGCAGCAGCUCAAACGACGGUCCUUACCCGAGAAGUCUACUCGUUUUCUCCACGAGACGCUCGUUUCUCAGUGGUCAGAAGAAACUACAAGAGCGUUUCCUAGCAACAGGACCUUCAGCAUCUAUAGCUCCUUCGUUUUCAGGAAUGACAGGGCUGUUGUCGAAAAGGCCACCUCUAUCAUACGAGAUGAAAUGAAAUCUUUCCGAUAUCGCUUCACCGGAGAACAGGUUGAGUUUUUAGUCACCUGGAUUCACUCAGGGGGGAAGGCGAGAGAGAAGAAACCUUCGGAUACGGCAUUCUUCUGGCGCGAAGCUGUGUAUCAUACCUAUAUCACAGUAGAGUGGGAGGACAAAUGGAUGGAAUGGGAAAUGAGGCGCUUCUUAGGGAAUGUCAAGAAGAAGCUGAGGCCCCUUUCCCUAAACGGAGAGGCUGUGUUCAUCAAUUUCCCCGACGGGGCGAUAUGUACCAACGCCCAUGAGAGAGCUUAUUUCGGGGAUAAUCGUGAAGAGUUGCGGCGUGUUAAAGAGAUAUGGGAUAAGGAUAACUUUUUCAAGUGGAGCCAAGGCGUUCAACUCCCGAGGAGCGCAGAAGAUGAUGGGAGGUCGGCCGUAGACAGACCAAAUGAGGAGGAGUUGACUGACACAAUUGCGGGAGAGCAUUGGAAGUAUUUCAAAACCAAAAACUUCAAGAAAGACCUCGACAAGCUAGCCGCAUUAGGGCUCUGA